AUGGAUAAUAACAUGUUAACCAGACCCAACCUUAAGGAUUGGCUAAGAAAUCUCAUAAUCGUUCUAGAUUUCGAAAGGAUUGCUUAUGUCUUGGAAGCACCUCUUCCACUUGAUAUUGGACCCGAUGCUCCACAAGCUGAGCUUAAUGCUUUUGAAAAAUGGAAAGAGGAUAGUAGGAGGGCUAGAAAUUACAUGCUAGCCUCAAUGAAUAGAGAACUUCAGACUAAGCAUGAAAAGGUUUCGAAUGCUUAUGAUAUCCUAAUAGCUCUAGAAGAGUUGUACAGCAAAAAUCCAAGAGUGGUGAAGUUAUGUGUUGAGGAAGGUCCUGGAGAGUUCGGGAGGUUUUCUGAGGAGAGGGUUCAGCUGAAUUAUAAGUGA